CUCCUACUCGCCGCGACACCAUCACUCGACCGACCAGCCCUCGACGAGGCACUGCCUGCGCGACUCAAAGAUGGCGGCGACACUACUGAAGUUUAGCCUUUCACCGGCGAGGGUGCUGCUCGCGAGCUCUGCGGUUUUCAUUAUGUUGAGUGUGGGUUUGGUGGAGGGUCGCCAGUGCUUCUGGUGCGGGCCGCUAGCGGAGCAAGUGCACCGCAGCCGCCGCGCGCCGCCCUGCGCCGGCGGCGUGCGUCACGUCACCGCCUGCGACCCCGGAUACAGCUACUGCGCCAUAGUCGCCACCUCCCCCCCGUAUGUGGAGUCUAGAUACUGCGUGAAAAUAUAUCAAGACGAGUGUUACCCGCUUUACUGCAACUCGACAAGAACUUGGAAGAUGACUUGCCCGUGCCGCGGUGACCUGUGCAACGGAGGCAACACCGAGCGAGAGAAGGAAGCAUUUGACGUGUUGCCCAGACUCGUCGCUAAGACGUCACGGAUACAGAGGAGAAACGCAUCACCACCUACCAUGAUGAAGCAGAAAAACGCCAAAAUGAUCGACCCAAAUAACGAAGAGGUUCCCGACAAUUCGCUUCAACGAGACGCCGUGACGACAUCCAAGGACAAUGUCCGUACCGCAAGCGAUAUCGACGUUACUGUUAAUUAUACAUCUAGCGAAGAGUCUGGAACAGACAUAAAUAAAACUAUGGAAAUGGUCACCAAUUCUACUACUAGUCACAACUCUGCUACAUCAAUCGACUAUGUAUCCUCACGGGAUGAUAUACAAACUUCCACCAACAUGAUAGAGAUUGAUUUAAAUAAAUGGUAUGAAACUGCUGGCAAAGAUAGCGAUGAAAUUGAUGACGACGGCAUUACUAUACUGUCUGAACAUCCUAGUCAUAAACACAGCCAAGACAAAUCUAACCAUGACAUUCUCAAACAUGACGACUCAGCAAUCAUACACGAAGCCAAUCAUAAGAAAGAAAGACCUAUUGUACACGUAGAUCCAGAUACUAAAGAAGUUAAAUGGACUCCAGCCCAAACCAUGGUGACAACAGAAAUACCCAACAUAAUGACGUCGGAAUCUGGAUCUCCCGCGAGUUUAGAAGAAGGUAUCUCUUUAAAAGAAAACCAUCUACAACCUAGUAUGCCAUCACCAAUCGAAGCAUUUCAACAAGACGAAUCGGCUGUAGGAAAGGCUACCGAAGCGACUGCAGAUAAAAUUGUCGAAACGAGUGUAGAUAAAAUUGCCGAAGUGCCUGUAGAAAAGAUUGCUGAAACGCCUGUAAAUAAAAUUGCCGAAUUGCAUGUAGAUAAAAUUGCUGAAUCGCCUCUAGAAAAGGUUUCCGAGUCGCCUGUAAAAACGGUUGCCGAAGAUAAUCAAAACAAAAUUAACCCAACGAAAGAACCUACUGAACAGAGUACAAUCAAACAAACUUCUGCUACGCCAUCUGUGGUUUCUAAAAAUGCGACCGUACCAGGACAAUCGGCACAUACGCCGAAACAAAUAAACAAAAAUUAUGCUACUGCAAUAUCCGCUAAUGUUAUUACUAUAGUUCAUUGCUUUAUUUUCAACAGCUUUGUUUAAAAUUAUAUAUUAGUCACAUUGUGGGGUAUUACGUAAUGUAGCGUUUAGAUAAUUAUUAAAAUCGUGAUUGAUCUCUUCUAAACUAGCUUUAAAAUUAAACCAAAUUGGCAUUUUAAAACUUACCCACAUCAGUAGUGUUCAGUAAUUGUGAUAUUAGUUUAGACAGAUUGUAAAUGUAAAUAUUCAAAACAAAAAAGUGCCUUGACAGAAAUAAAAUACACGUUGAAUUUC